AUGACAUCAAUCAAUCUCAACCUAACCGUAGCCUUUUCCCUAGCCCUAGCAGGAGUACUAAUCUACCGAUCACAUCUAAUAUCAACACUCCUAUGUCUAGAAGGAAUGAUACUAUCUCUAUUCGUCAUAAUAGCACUCCUAAUUUCCCACUUCCACAUAUUCUCUACAUCAAUAGCACCAAUUAUCCUACUAGUAUUCUCUGCAUGCGAAGCAGGUGUAGGCCUGGCACUCCUAGUAAAAACCUCAAACAACUAUGGCAAUGAUUACGUACAAAACCUAAACCUCCUACAAUGUUAA